GCGAGAGCCGCGCGGCGCCGUGUGCCGGCAGCAUGGGGCCGGGGCCGCGGCUGCAGCUGUGCGCGGGCGCGCUGCGGGCUCUGGCGCUGGGCAGGGCCGUGUCCCGGCCGUGCCGCGGCGGCUGGACGUCCCCGAGGCUGCAGGCCCGCGGGCUGCGGAGCUCCAACCCCUUCACCCGCCGGCAGGAGGAGGAGUGGCGGCGGCGGAACCGGACGGCGCUGACCUACAUCGCGGCGGCCGCCGUGGGCAUGGUGGGGAUGUCGUACGCGGCCGUGCCGCUGUACCGCCUGUACUGCCAGGCGACGGGGUUGGGCGGAACCACGGGCGCGGGGCGCGGCGCGGAGCGGCUGGAGGAGAUGCGGCCCGUGCGGGAGCGCGUGCUGAAGGUGACGUUCAACGCGGACGUGCACGCCGGGCUGCAGUGGAACUUUCGGCCCCAGCAGAGCGAAAUCUACGUGGUACCCGGAGAGACGGCGCUGGCGUUCUAUAAAGCAAAAAAUCCUACAGACAAACCAAUAAUUGGGAUCUCCACCUACAACGUAGUGCCCUUCGAAGCAGGACAGUACUUCAACAAGAUACAAUGCUUUUGUUUUGAAGAACAGUGGCUGAAUCCUCAAGAGGAAGUGGAUAUGCCCGUCUUCUUCUACAUUGACCCCGAGUUUGCAGAGGACCCUAAAAUGGCCAAAGUUGAUUCAAUCACCCUCUCAUACACCUUUUUUGAAGCAAAGGAGGGACAGCACUUGCCGCUCCCUGGCUAUCAGUGAUGGGCAGUCUCUACCCGGUUUGACUCCAGCUCCCUGACUGCCACUUGUGAAACUAUUUUUCUACAAUAAGAAAAGCUGCAGGAGCACUGAGACACGAUACGAUCAUUAAACUGCUGUGGGCACAUGCUGCUGCUAUGGAAGCAUGUGUUUCUUAUUUAAGCUUGUACAGCUGGAAUGUUACCUCUUAGGAGCUUCAUCAGAGAACAGAGGGGAUUUCUUUGUGGACUAGAAAGUUGUCUCAAAGCCAUCCUUGUAUCAGAUGGAUACAUGCUCAAUGAAUUCCAUGAGGCAAGUUCUUAAAUCUAAGCGUAAAUUGAGAUAUUUAAAUUUAGAGGAACAAAUCAGUUUAUUAAAUAUUGCAUUGCUGGCACUGAAAAAUAAUAAAGGUAAGCUGAUUGAGUGAAAGGUUUUUUUACUUCUCAAUAGAGCGACAUAAUCAGUUCAUGGACGCUCAAAACUUGACUGUAUUGCUUCAUAGCCUUCCCACAGCACGGGAAGAUGGGAUGAUUUGAAAAUGAUGCUCCUUGAAUUAUUACUGAAUCAGUAGCUCAUUUGGUAAGAGCAGACUGCUCUAGAAUUGCUGCUUGAGCGAGGAACGAUAAUUUAAGCAUAAGCAUUUCAAAUCUGCAGACUGCUUAUAAAAGCAUCUGACUUGGAAGGGAAAUAAUCUUAUUCUCGUGUUUAUAGAUUUCCUGCAUAGCUUCUAUGUAGGAAACUCAUUUAAAUUAUCAGCACUUUUACAUAUUCCUCUGACUCCUGUGAGGGCUGUACAGCGGGCACCUCUACACUGAGAGAAGCUAGACUUAGGUAAGAAAAAGCAAGUGCUGUGAGUCACAGGCUGAGGUACCAGCAGAGGCACCUCCUCAAAAACCAGAAGGAUGUCAACCACAUUGAGAGGUUAAGUCUGACAAAGUCUGCCCAGAAAUGCACUGGUUGAUCACAGUACAUCUGAGUACUCACUGUUUACCACCAGAACACAUAACCCUGUAUUUAUCUAACUUUUUGUUGUUGUCUGGGGGAGGAAGGGAUAAUAACACUUUAUCGUAACCCUGCAAAUAAGGACUGAGUUGCAGAGCAAGUUUAAGUGAUGGAGUCAUUUUCAGACAGAAAUUAAUCUCAGCUGAGUGUCUAAUCUACUAGGCCAGUUCUUUCUACCCCUUUCAGUGGAUGGUAUCUAAAAAGGUAAGACUGAUGCUGGUUUCUUAAGACUAAAAAGGUAUUGAGUAUAUGGUAAUUUGCCUUAGUUAUGUUUGCAUACAGUAAUGAUAAGAAUGGUGUCCUUUGAAAAUACGUGGGUGUUACCCCUUGAAAAUGCAUUUUUGUACCAAAUACCUCAUGUGUUUAAAAAGAUGCUGGAUGACAUUAUGUCAUGCUUUCACCGUGUAUUUAUUAAACUUCAAAACCACCA